AUGGGCCUCCACAGUACGAUGGAGAAGACGCCGUCCCACAAGCCCUCGCCCUCGGUCACCAAGGGCACCAUCGCCCAGGACGACAUGGCCCACAGCGCCGCCGCCCUCAAGACCAUCACGCGCAAGGUCGACUACCACCUCGUGCCGCUGAUGCUGCUCUGCUACUUCCUCCAGUUCCUCGACAAGGUGCUCAUCAACUACGCCAACAUCAUGGGCAUGUCGACCAACCUGCACUUCACGGGCAACGACUUCUCGUGGAUGGCCACGGCCUUCUUCAUCGGCUACGCCGUCGCCGAGUUCCCGCAGGGGUUCCUGAUCCAGCGCUUCCCCGUGAGCCGGGUGCUCGGCAUCAACGUCGUGCUCUGGGGCGUCGUCAUCUGCUGCUCGGCCGCCGCCCAGAACUUCCCUGGAAUGGCCGCCGCCCGGACGCUGCUCGGCAUGUUCGAGGCCGUCAUCUCGCCGGCCCUCAUCAUGAUCACGUCGCAGUGGUACACCCGCAGGCAGGCCACCCCGCGCACGGGCAUCUGGUACUGCGGCCUCGGCCUGGGCCAGACGGUCGGCGGGCUGAUCUCCUGGGCCGCCCAGCACGGCACGCGCACGGGCGGCUUCGAGAGCUGGCGCAUCAUGUUUGUGUCUGUGGGCGCCUUCAACGUGCUCGUCGGCCUGUCGGUCACCUUCCUGAUGCCCUCGAGCAUCGGCGCGGCCAAGUUCCUGACCGAGGAGGAGAAGGGCGCGCUCAAGGAGGCGCUGCUCGCCGACCAGGGCGGCAACGGCCGCAAGGUCUUCCACGCGGCGGGCAUCUGGGACGCGCUGGGCGACCUGCAGGUCUGGCUGCUCUUCCUCAACACGGUGCUCAUCGUCAUCCCCUCGGGCAUCAUCACGACCUUCUCGGCCACGCUGAUCCGCGGCUUCGGCUACGACGCCAAGCAGUCGGCCCUGCUCAACAUGCCCGCCGGCGUCGUCUCCGUCUUCUCCACCCUGCUGAGCACCUUCGCCAUCCUGUACCGCUUCCCGCGCUGGCUCGGCAUCUGCUGCCUCAUGGUGCCCACGCUCAUCGGCGCGGGCCUCAUGUCCUUCUACUCCCGGAGCCAGGCCGGCUCGCUGGCGGGCAUCUACCUCAUCAACUUUGACGUGGCGCCGCUGGCGCUGGUCUACGCGUGGGUCGGCGCCAACGUGCAGGGGUACACCAAGAAGGUGACGACCAACGUCAUCGUCGCCAUCGGCUUCUCCAUCGCCAACAUCAUCGGCCCCCAGACGUUCCAGGUCAAGGACGCGCCGGACUACAUCCCGGCCAAGAUCACCGUGUUUUGCGUAUGCGGCGGCUCGGUGGUUGUCAGUAUCCUGACAAGAAUCUUGUACGGCUGGCGGAACAGGAAAGGCCAUGUCACGGCUGGUGCGGAUGCUGGUGGCUUUGGAGGCGCGGAGACGGAGGACGGGGUCGACAAGUUGACUGAUAGGAACAACCCCAACUUCUUCUAUGUCUAUUAG